CACCCUCCUCCCUUCCCGACAUUUUCCAUUCACUUGUAUCUCUCUUUCCUCGCAAAACCCCACCCCUUUCCUUCUUUUCUCUCUCUAAUCCAAAGCCAAACCAAAAUUUCCAAGAAAAAAAAAUAUAUAACAAGUUAUUAACAAUCCUAACACACUACAGAAACAGAUCCUUAGCCACCAAGUAGAGACCGAAUAACAAUGAGUAUUCUCUUCCCAAGAAGUUCCUCAGCAGCAAAGAGGAAAAGGGUCAUUAGAGAACUUGUUCAGGGUCGAGACUAUGCUACUCAGUUGAAGUUUCUGCUUCAGAAGCCUAUUGGCCCUGAUGGGUCUGUUUCUGCUAAGGAACUUGUGGCCAAUGUGCUGAGAUCUUUCGCUGAAACUCUCUCUGUGUUGACUUCUUCUUCCGAGGAUUCAACAAGUGGUCAUGAUCAUGACGACGAGGUUAUUGCUCAGAAUCUUGUAAUUUCCGGAGAAGAUGCCUCGCAGGUGGCAAGCAUUAAUGAUCCGAGUUCUGAGGAUUCGACUGAGAGUAGGAAGGGAUCAAAGGAUCGGAGAGGGUCCUAUAAAAGAAGGAAGACUGAACAGACAUGGACUAUAGUUGCCCAAACUACUGAUGAUAAUCAUGCAUGGAGAAAGUACGGACAAAAGGAAAUCCUAAAUUCUCAAUUUCCCAGGAGUUACUUCAGGUGCACUAGAAAGUUUGAACAAGGUUGCCGAGCAACCAAACAAGUGCAACGGAUACAAGAGAAUCCCGAUAGGUACAACAUUACGUACAUAGGCUUUCACACAUGCAAAGACACCCUCAAGGCUCCACAAGUGGUGACACAUUCUAAAACUUGGGACUCAUUUCUUGGUCCUGAAUCAAAUGUGCCAAAUGAACAUUAUUCCACCAUUGGAUCACAAAGCCAAAUUGUAAUACAAGAAUAUCCCAACGAUGAGACUGAUCCAAGUGAUCUCACAGAUGCUAACCUGUGGUCUGAUUUGAAGGAUUUUGAACUAUCCAAUGACAAGCCUGCAGGUUUGAAAAUAGCACCUGAAAAUGCAGAUUCUGUGUAUUCAUGCACUGGCUCGAGAAGUUUGGACAUGGAUUUUGGGAUAUUCUCUCCUCAUUUCUGCAGCACCGAGGACUUCCACUUUGAUGAAAGCCAAUUGCUUUAGUUACCCUUUCGUAAUCUUUAACCAUGUAAUGUAUUUUGAUCAGAUUGAAUAUUUUUAGAUUUUGAUUUUUCCAAGUUUCAUGUGUACACCAUGGAGUGAAUAACAAUUUGAUGAUCAUUCACACAUGCAUGUCACCAAGUCAAUCUAAUUAAUGUAAUGUAUGUUAAUGUCUGUCUGAAAUGUGCUUUGAAAAGAUUGAUUCGAUAACAUAGACCAAGUCAACUAUAUGUAUAGGUGCUACAUAUAAUAUAUAUACCAUAUGUGUGCUUAUAUA